AUGCGAGUGGUGCUACAGUCGGCUGCGGUUGGCGUGGUUGACAGCUUUCCGAUUACCGGCGUGCGGGUAGCAGAACAGGAUCCAGGUGAAGGGAUCGGUGGCAGAAGGGUAAAUGCUAUCCAGGACGGUCAGGCAAGGGGCUCGACGAAGAGCGAUGUGGAACACAGCGUGUCGGUUGGGAGACUGUACGGAAACAGACGCGUUGAUGAGGAGCACAGAUACAGCAGACAGGACCGAUACCUCGCAGUAAUCUUGUCAACUGUGGAAUUCCGACCGAAAGGGCGCUCGGGAUCAGACAGACGAUGCUUUGCUCUGGUCCCUUCACAAAUUGCCGAUAUAGCAGAGUCCGUACAGCGGACGCGCUCUAGGAUGCCUCCUGAGACGUACGUAGCCGAGCACACUGCAAGCAGCCACAUCGCCGCACAAGCCCUAUACCAUCCUACCGGCUCGACAGAGCACCUAUCCAGCGACGAAUUCGAGUAUACUCUGCGACGGAACAUCGUCCAGCAGAAAGGUCGCACGAUGCAGGCGGUGUCGAAAUUCAUCUUCGGACCAUCACAGGAGGAGAGAGUCAAGAAGGUGCAGUCCCAAUUGCGGACGGAGCAACGUGCACUGGACAGAGAAAUGCGCCAGAUCGACCAAGGAUCCACAAAGACAAAGGCCGAGAUUAAGAAACUGGCCAAGAAAGGCGACGUCAAGAACGCAAAGAUCCUGGCCAGAGAAGUGGUGCGCGCACAAAAGCAAAAGAACAGACUGGCAGUAUCAAAGGCGAGACUGAACAGUAUCAACAUGCAGCUGCAACAUCAGCUCGCAAUGUACAAGGUGACGGGAAGCAUGCAAAAGUCGACCGAGAUCAUGAAGCUCUCCAAUCAGCUCGUCAAGUUGCCCGAGGUAUCCGCGGUGAUGCGACAGAUGAGCGCCGAAAUGACCAAAGCCGGCAUCAUGGAGGAGCUCAUGGAAGACGCUCUCGACUCGGGCGUGCUAGGCGAGGACGAAGACGAGAUGGAAGAGGAGGCGCAAGACGAAGUCGACAAGGUCCUCUACCAGCUCACGGAUGGCAAGCUCGGCCAGGCCAGCACCACCGACCACCUCCCCGAUCUAGCCAUCGAAGAUCCAAAGCUCAACGAAGAGCAGGAGCAACAAGACAUGCAGCGUAUGCAGGCCGCCCUCGACGGUCUCCUUCGUGGCUGA